CUUCCGCUUGCUUCACAGCACACCCUCGCCAACACACGCUCGCUUUCUGACCCCUCACAAUCCUCCGAUAUUCACCAUGGUUCGCAUCUUCUCUGCCGUUGCUGUUGCUCUCUUAGCGAUCGCCCCCAUCUUCGCCGCACCCGUCAUGCAAGCAAGGACCGUGUCUUCUAACCUAUCCGGAUACUUGCACAACAUCGGUAGCCAUAUCUCUUCGGACUGGCGCUCGAGCUCCUCUGAGACCAUCAUUGUAAACUCAAUGGUCGAGUCUUUGGUCUUGGAAACCGUUUCCGAGAAUGUAGUUGAGGAGAGCGACAUCCAGGAGAUCAUCUCCGAAAUGUCUUCAUUCGGGAUCGACAUUGACCAGUCCGACAUCGUGAACAUUAUCCAAAGCGACAUGGUGAACGUCAGCGAAGAGGAGAUCGUCGUCCAGAUGUUGGAGCAGAUCAUGAGCGUUGUCUCUGUCAACUCUGAGUCCAUCAGCUCGAGCUCUGGGUUGGUCAGCUCGAGCUUCGGUGUCUAGUGCCGCUGAUUGCAUGUCAUUUGACGAUGGAGUGUUUCUGGCGUACAUUUUCUGCUGGGCUAUGGACAUUUUGGGGCCAUUAUAAUACUGUUUCCUGGGCCUCCAUUACCAUCUCUACAACCCUGUUCAUAGUACCUGCCGGUUAUUGAACAUAUGGCGCACGAGCAAAGCUCCUAAC